AUGGAGGAGCAACUAUCUCAGCUCUCCGAUGAAGAGAGGACAGCCUUUGAUGCGAUCAUCGAAUCAAAUGGACUGGAGGAGGUGUGCGCGGAGGGCGGGACCGCGGGCAUCAAGGAGCUGGAGCUAUUCCUGCAUGAGUACCCGCGGAUGCUGGCGCUGCGCAUGUUCCCGGCGCUCACCACCCUCCAACUCAUCGACCAGGCGCGGCUCAUGCAUGGACACAUCAAUGAGGUUGGCAUCACCGCAAUCGAGGGGCUGCAGGGCUGUGGGGCGCUGGAGCGGCUGUGGCUGCCGGAGAAUCGCAUCGGCUCGCUUGGCGGCCUGGGGGCGCUGCUGCGGCUGAGAGAGUUGCUGACCCAGACCACUGGCCUGGAGGCGCUGACCGCGCUGGAGGUGCUGUCGUUAGCCGACAACCACAUAUCCCGGAUCGAGGGCCUCGGCGGCCUCGGGCGGCUGCGCGGCCUGUGCCUAGCCCGCAACGACGUGUGCAGCGUAGGCGGCGCGCUGGACGGCUGCUCGGCGCUGCGGAGGCUCAACCUGGCGGACAACCGCGUAGCCAGCUUCCAGGCGCGUGCCUGGGGAGGUGUGGCCUUGCAACGCCUGGCGAUGGAGUUCAGGGCCCUGUCCCGCCUGCCCGCCCUAGACGACCUGUGCCUGUACGACCCCAUGUGGGGCGCCUGCCCGGCAGCUUCCCUGCCCAACUACCACACCUCGGCGCUGUGCGCGCUGGGCCGCCUUACUGCGCUGGACACUCUGGUGGUCGCGCCGGAGUCGCGCGCGGCCGCCGCAGCGACGCUUGCAAAGAAGCAGCUAUACUACAGCAUGAGGGCCCGGGCCGUGCGGCGCGGCGCGGGGGACCUUGAGGCGCGUGCGGAGGGCGGCCUGCGCCUGCUGCGCCAGCGAUUCGACGCCACGCAGAGGCGCCUGCAGCGGCAGGCCGCGCGGCUGCGGCAGCGCCUAGAGGACGAGCAGCAGGAGCAGCAGCAGCAGCAGCAGCAUCAGCAGCAGCAGCAGCAGCAGCAGCAAGGCCGGUCCACAUCAACAGCCGCAGCGGCUACGGGCGAUGGCGAGACCCGCGCUGCCUGCCUGCGAUCGCUGCAAGAGGCGGUCCUCCAGCUGCGGUCGCGGCGUGCGGCGGCUGAGUCAGCGUUCGCGGCCUGCCGGCGGCGGGCGCUGCGGCUGGCGGAUGAGGUGGUGGCGCGGCUGCGGGUGGAGCAGGAGAGCGCCGGGAACGUGAGGCUCGAGGAGGGGCGCCGGGAAGAGGCGUGGUAUCAAUCGCUGGUGGCGAUGCUGCGGGAGCGGCUCGGGGCGCCGGGCCCUGGGGCCGGCAGCGGCGCGGCGCCGGGGGGCGUUGUUGGGCUGAGCGUGCUGAGUGUGUUGAGGGUGCACAACCGCGGCCUGCGGGCGCAGUUUGAGGCGGCGGGCGGGGACGGCGGCCCGGCGAGCGGCGCGGCGCGGGCGGUGGAGCACCUGUUUGUCGGCGAGCACCCGGAGCUGCAGGGCGAGCUCAUGGCUGCGGCGCAGGGCGGCUUCCAGCCGCAGCGCUACGGGGAGCUGGGUUUGGACGAGGCGGUGGUGCUACACAGCAGCGUCCUCCUAGCAGACGCGCGGCGGCUGACAAGCGGGAUGGCGAAGGAUGGCAGCAGCAUCGGCAACGGCGGCGGGCCGGCCGGGCCCGGCCUGCUGCUGGUCUGCAAGGCGCGGCUUGGAGGGCGCCUGUGCGAGGCCGGCGGGGCCACGGGGCUGGGGCGUGAGAGGGGCAGCAGCGGCACGGCGCGCGUGAUGCCCUGCGUGUUCCCGGGUGCCACGGCAGUGUACGCAGUGCCUGCCUGCCCGCCGCCUACCUCUCACCACCACCACAAGCAGCCGCAGCAGCAGCCGCAAAAGCAUCGUACGUACUACGUCUUCGACCCCUCGGCGGUGCUACCGGAAUACCUCGUCACGUUUGACUAUGAUCUGGCGCCAGGCUCGCCGCUGCUGACGACCGCGGGCCCCACCGUCGCCACGGCUGGCGGCGCGGGGGCUGCGGCGUGCUUUGAGGUCAGCGAGCAUGAGCUAGCCGCCGCGGAGAAGUCUGUGGGCGAUCCCGCGAUGCGCGGCGUGGCGGCGCCGCUGCUGCAUUGGCUGGCGGCCGCUGAGAAGCAGCGGCCGGAGGAGCUAAGCCUCGCAAGGUCGUGGGCAGAGGAGGAGGCGCGAUGGGAAGCGCUUGUGGCGCGCGUCGAGUCGGAAUUGCCUGAAGCAAGUGAGGCGAGCGGCCAACUCGGAGGCGACUCCGGCGUCGGCCGCCGUUUGGAGGAGGCCGCCGGCGCCGCGCCGGCCGCGCGGCUUCUGCGGCGACUGCAGGGCGGGCUCCUCGCGGCGGCGGGCGCGGCCGUCGUGCGGCUGGAUGUCAGUUGCUGCGGGCUGGGGGACGGCGACCUGGCGCCGCUGGGUGCGCUGCGCAGCCUGCGUGCGUUGGUGCUGUCCUUCAAUGAGAUCACAGGCCUGAAGGCUCUCGAGCCGCUUGCGCCAGGCCUGCGCAGCCUUGACCUCGGCCAUAACCGCGUCGCCGCGCUGCACGGCGCCGACGGGGCGUGCCUGCUAAGCUUCUCCUUGCUGACGUCAUUGGACCUGGGCUUCAACCUCCUGGACUCAUUGGAGGACGCCAUUGCCAUUGCCAGUUGCCUGCAGGGUCUCGAGGAGCUGGUGCUGGAGGGCAACCCUGUCGCCACGGACGCCGCCUGCACGCCGCUGCUGCUCAUGCAGCUGCCUCGGCUGCGCGUGCUCGAUGGGGCCCCCGCCCAGCCCUUGGGGCCGGCGGGGCUGACGGCCGUGGGCGAGGGGAGCCCACCCGAUGCCGGGGCCUGGCGGGCGCGAGCCCACUCGCUCUGCGCCUCCGGCCGCUGCCUCCUCGCACUGCCCUCGCUGGCUGGCCUCGGCCGCCUGCGCCGCGCGAACUUUUCGGGGAACCGGUUGCUGGGGGUGGAGGGCCUGCAGGGCUGCUCGGCGCUGACAGAGCUUGACCUGUCCAACAACUGCCUGGUGCAAGUGGACGCCCUCUCGCGCCUGGUGCGCCUGCGCCGCCUCGACAUCUCUUGCAACCGCCUUGCCACCCUGGCGCCCCUAAAGUCCCUGGCGUCACUCGAGUGCCUCGCGGCCGAGCGCAACCGCCUGCCGUCCCUGGACGGCGUCGACACGAUGACGUCACUGAUCGAGCUUUACGCGGCCAGCAACGCCCUGGGAAGCUUCCGGGCAGAAUCAAGGCGGCUGGGGAAGCUACCCGGGCUGGCGGUGGUGGAUCUGACUGGCAACCCCUUGGUCACGGAUAAGGAGGACUACCGCGCCCUGAUGGUGUACACACUGCGGCGCAUCAAGGUGCUGGACGGCGCCCCCGUAACACCGCAGGAGCUGGCGGCGGCGCGGGGCCGCUACUCGGGGCGCCUCACGAUCGAGUUCCUGGAGGAGCAGCUGGGCGCCGGCUCCUUUUCAGCCAUCCGUUCCCUCGACCUGUCCAGCCUGCGCAUCCGCGACACAGGCACGGUCUUUGGGUCAAGCUGCGGCGGCGGCGGCGGCAGCGCAGCCGUGGUCGCAGGCGCCGCCCCUCAGACGCCGUUUGGGGCGCUGACCGAGCUCACUCUGGACGGCAACCAGCUGACUGCAGCGGCGCUGCCGGCGCUGGCGGGGCUGUCUUCCCUGGCUGUGCUGCGGCUCAACGGCAACCGGCUCGGCGAGCGCGGCGCCGCGGACGGCGGCCCCGGCAGCGGCGGCUGCAGCAGCCGCGAGCUCGCACCUACUGCAGCUGCGGACGGCGCCGCCGCGGCGGCGGAUGCGCCGGCAGCCGGCGGCGUGGGCGCUGUGGGGGCGGCUGCGGCGGCGGCGGCGGGGACGGGGCCGGGGCUGGCGUUGUCGGUUGCCCUGCUGCCUGCCUUGCAGGUACUGCAGCUCAGGUCAAACGGCCUGACAUCCCUGGGCCCGCUGCAGCUGGGGGCGCGGCUGCCGGGGCUGCGGUGCCUGGACGCGUCGGACAACGAGCUGACGAGGGCGGAGGGGCUGGAGGGGCUGGGGCGGCUGAGGGAGCUGGUGCUCAGCAGGAACAAGAUCAGGUCCCUGGACCCCGAGUCCCUCGCGCCCCUCACCCGCCUGCGCGAACUCCGCAUCGACGACUGCGGCCUCCGCUCCCUCGCGGGUGCCUCCCGCCUGGCCGCCCUGACGAGGCUGUCGGCCGCAGGCAACAGGCUGGCUGACGCUGUGGAAGUGGAACGGGCGGUGGGGGCGCUGGGCGAGCUGCGGGAGGUGGCGCUGGCGGGCAGCCCCGUGGCGCGGCGGCCGGCGCACCGCCCGCUGCUGCUGUUCAGGGCGCCUCAGCUGUCUGUGAUCGAUGGCCAGCCCGUCUCCGACGAGGAGCGCGCCUAUGCGCAGGCGCUCCUAGCAAUGCAGACCGGGCUUACGGGGAUGCAGCAGGGCGCCAUGGCGGGGGCGGGUGCGGGCCCGGCAACGGCGGCGCAGCUGCAGCAGCUGAGGGAGCUGUUGGCGGGCUCUGGGGUGGCCGCGCUGCCGGACAGGCUCGGCCUGUGGGGAGGCGGUGGCGGCGGCGGCGGUGCAGGGGCGCUGGGGUUGAAGGGCGGCCUCGGCCUGACCGGCGUCAGCAUUGAGCUGCUGCAGCAGCAGGCGGUGGCAGUUGUGGGCGGCAGCUGCGGGGCCAUCGCCGGGGCGUCGGUGAACACUAUCCAGGCCGGCACCCUGGUCAUGUCGGGCGCACACGAACUGGCUUUGGAGGGCACGGCGAUCGGCGGCGGACCUUUCGCAGCAGGCGGCGGACUGCGGCCGCCGUCGGGCGGCGGCAGCCCUCAUGGCGCCUCGCGGCGCGCCGCGGGGAUGGGCGCGCUGGUCAGGAGCUCGCCAAACUGCGGCGCUGGCGGCGGGCCUGGCGUUGCGGGCCGCAGGGCUGUAGGAGGGGUGGGCUCCGUGAGCGGCGGCAGCUUGAAAAGGUCUGGAAGAUGA